CACUCACUUUCGUUCUGUUCUCUGCUCGGCUGCCGCGUUGAAAGGUGUGCAAAAACCAGUUCGCGGCAUUUUUCGUCUUUUAUUCUAAUUGAAGCCGGAUUUCAGUGAAAAUUUUUGUGUUUUCGCAUUUGCCGAGUAUACUUGUGUAAAAAAGUGAUAUGGGUGAUCAAUACGGAAACUAUGGCGGCGGUGGUGGUGGUUUCGGUGGCGGCGGUGUGCCUCCACAAUUUUCUGUGCCACCACCGAAUUUCCCGCCGCAAUCGAAUGGCGGCGGUGGAUUUAAUAAGUUCAAAAAUGAUAGUGGAUGGAUGCCCUCCGGAGGCGGCGGUGGAGGAGGUGGCGGCGGCUACAACCAAGGGGGUGGCGGUGGAGGCUACGGUAGUGGUGGCGAUGGUGGCGGCUACCAAGGGGGCCCUCGUGGCUUCAAUGACAGUUUCGGAAAAAGUGAUGGCGGUUUCCAGGGCAAUCGUGGGGGAAUGAAAAGCGACUUUGGCGGCGGUGGAGGCCGUACCGGAGGCGGUGGCGGAGGGUUCAAUGACCGUCGUCCUGGAGGUGGCGGCGGCGGAGGAGGAGGCAGCUUUGGCAGUGGAGGCGGCAACAAGGGUGGUUUUAACAAAGGUGGAUUCGGAGGUGGCGGAGAUAUGAUCAUCCAAGAGGACACCAUUUUUGUUGCUGGAAUGGAUCCUGCAAUCACCGAGCAAGAUAUUCAUGAUCACUUUGGCUCGAUUGGAGUGAUUAAGAAAGAUAAAAAGACAAUGAAACCAAAAAUUUGGUUAUACCGUCAUAAAGACAGUGGAUUGUCAAAAGGUGAAGCUACUGUUACCUAUGAUGACGUAAAUGCCGCGAAAUCUGCGAUUUCUUGGUUUGAUGGGCGUGACUUCCGAGGCAAUACCGUGAGGGUAUCAUUGGCUCAGCGUCAGAACAAUUGGAAUAAGGGCGGCGGCGGCGGAGGAGGUGGUCGCGGAGGCUUUGGUGGCGGCGGCGGCCGUGGCCCAAUGGGCGGUGGUGGAGAUGGUCCACAAGGAGGCGAUAGAGAUGGUGGCCGCGGUGGUUUUGGCCGUAAAGAUGGUGGAGGAGGUGGUGGCGGCGGAGGCCGUGACAGCGGUGGUGGUUUUGGCCGGAAAGACGGUGGAUCAAGCGGUGGCCCAAGAGGUGCUAGCGGCGGAGGAGGUGGUGGCGGUGCAGGACCUAACAAAAUCCCACAAAGAGAAGGAGAUUGGAAUUGCACAGAAUGCAACAAUACCAACUUCUCAUGGCGUAAUGAAUGCAACAGGUGCAAAGCACCGAAAGCAGAAGGCGCUGGUGGCGGAAGCGGCGGUGGAGGUGGUGACUUCGGUGGAAGAGGCGGUUCUGGUGGCGGUGGCUUCGGCGGUGAUCGCAGACCACCUUUCAGCGGUGGUGGCGGCGGCGGAGGUGGUGGCCGCGGUGGUUAUGGCAGCAGGGAUGGUAACGAUGGAGGAAGCAGAGGAUUUGGCGGAGGACCAAGAGGAAGUAGUGGCGGCCCAAUGGGAGGAGACGGUGGAAAUCGUCGUGACGGCGGCGGAGGACCAAUGCGUAGUAAUCCUCGCGGUGGCGGCCGAGACCGAGGAGGUGGCGGUGGUGGUCGCUCUCGCCCUUAUUAAUAGAAUAGUUUUAAUGCUCGUAAUUAAAACGAAUAAAUCUAGUUGGUAGCGCAUUACUUCCGCAUAAUUUUAUGUAAACAGAACAGUAAAUAGUUUCGAUUAAACGGAAUUGCUCUUUGCAAUUGAAAUUGGUUAUUUCUAGAAAAAACUUAUUGCAUCAUAAACUUAAUUUUAAAGAUGGUCUGACUUGAAUAGCGAGUGAAUGUGUAAUUUUUCCUUUUUUAAAUGAAAAAGAUCAUAUUUAAGGAGAUAUAAAAAUUGUAUUUCAUUACUAAUUUCAAUGUUUAUAAUACUUUUGUUUUUAAAAAGAUACUUGAAGAAUAAAAUAUGAUGUACAAAAA